AUGUCGUCGGCCGCCCAACCUCCAAGCCUGAUGGCACCUGCCCCAGGUCUGGUCGGCCACGAGACGCAGCAGCGCCCGGGAAACAAUGCUGUCAACAAGAGCUCGCGCGCACGCCCAAACAAAAAUCAGUACGGCUGGGGCAACCUCCCGUCACAUCUCAUCCACAACAUCCUCACCACUGUCAACGAUACCGACACCCUCGAACGCGACGUUCGCCGCAUCCCCCAGCCGAACGUUCCUGUUGCCCUCGCCGUCCUCUGUCGCCAGACGCUCGUGGGCCUCCGCCUCGUGUCGAGCGGCUGGCGCGACGCCGUCGACUCGCAUCCCUUUUGGCAACAGUAUCUCUUGAUCUUGCGUCCCGAUGUAAAGGACGAGCCCGCGCGCCAGUCCCAGUCGCUCUUUGAUCUGGCACACAAGGCGACACACGGUGUGUGCUUGCCCUGCAUGAUCAUUACCAACCGCCGGCUGGUCACCUCGGCAGACGGCACGACAAUGACCUCUAUGCUCGGCAAGUUGCCAACUUGCAGGCACCAUCUGGAAAAGUUUUGCACGCAUUGCCUACGCAUAAACCCCAUCCCCCCAAACUCGCACCUUGGACUGAAGCCAAGUGAAAAUGGUGACCAGGACGAACACGGACGCCCUCGUCCCCGCGGCCGCUGGGUCGUCUGCUACCACUGUCGCGAGGUAGCCAUGGCAGUCGCCGUUCGUCGCGAACUGGUAGAGUGCGCCCGUGGCGGUCCCGUCUUGGGAAUCACUGCGCCCUUCCAUAUGACGCAGUCGUAUCGCGAGUAUACCCUGGCUGGCCGUGGCCGAGUCGACAGCAUGGCCAAGCGUGCUGUUGACGAAAUGUGCCUCAUGCAGCAAACGCGCUGGGUCGAGAUCGAGGCCUGCAUGACCGACCUCCAACGUCACCUUAUCAAGCUCCGUUGCAUCUUUUAUGACACUCGCCAGCCACGUCCCUCGCCGCACGACUUGGACUUGUGGAACCAAUACUGCAACCGCAUCUGGGCUAUGGGCGCCGGCGACCCACCCGACCUCGGAUACAUGUACCGCUUGUGGGCCAACGACAUUGAGACCAGAGAGUACACCGAGCACGACUGGCGCGAGGACUAUGAGCGGUCCCGAUCCAUGGAGCCCCCACGCCUUUGGCCGUUCCUCCGCGAAAAGCUCGUCCACCAGUGCAUCGACUACUGGAUCAACGACCGCGUUCAAAAUGGAUACUGGAUCAUGCCAUCAGACGAGGUCGAACAGGCAAUGUCACUCCCGGAGACGAUCCACACUCGGUUCACUGCCCAGGACGUGCGCCACCCCCACAGUGACGCGCCUCUUGCCAUCUCGGACCACCGUUUCACUGGUCGUUUCCAUUUCGGAUCACCAGCCAUCCACAGCCAGUACUACCUUCCCUCCAGCCGCCUCUUGGCCGCCAUGGACGAGAAGUUUACGUCUCAGCUGGGCGAAUGCAUUCGCCAGCCCCUCUACGACAUUGUCGAAUGUCACCGCAUGCAGAGCCGCGAAAACCUCGACGCUGCCGAGACACAUUUCUGGGGUCUUCACGAGGCGUGGAUUGAUGGCGGGUUGGCGAACACGCGUUCGCUGACACUUGUGGCCCACACGCCCUCUGAUCCCGGUGGUGGUACCGUUGUCUCCGACCUUUCCUCGCCUGCUGUGGGUCCCGAGUCGCCACGUUCCGCACCAAAGUCACCGCAUAUCGAGCUGGUCCUGGAUGAAUCCCACGUCCACGAGGACUUUGGCAUUGUUGACGGGUGGAGCUCGUCUGUGCGCGAUGAAGACGCCUUGUCAACGUCACCAGAAGCCACUCCCCCUGCCGACGUGUCCCCAAUGUCGACGUCGCCCAAGUUGGGGAAGCGCAAGUCCACAGAAGAAGACAAGUUUGCGUCUGAGGAUCGUCCGCAGCGCCCCCGCCUCAGUUCUGGCCAGACAUCGCACACGAGCGAGGGCUCCUCCACGCCCGCACUCGUGACGCCAGACGACAGUCCUGACCUGUUGGCUGGCACCAUCCAGCUCGCCGACGAGGCUGCCGUGACAGCGCAUGUCAUCGAUGGCGCGGCACUCAACGGCGACAUCAAUGUCGCCAUCAGCCGUAACGGCAGCGUUGGCGAUGCCCCAACUUCACCAAACCUGGGCAAGCGCAAGUCUCCCGAAGACGACGAGCGUGAGCAGCGGCCGGCCCGCCGCCACGAGUCGCGUCCCCCCUCGGAGCAUGAACUGGUUGACGGGGACAAGGGAGACGCCGUCUGUGAAGAUGUCGUGACCGCAAGCGCUGAGCGCGAAGUUGCCCGGGCCGAAGACAUCAAGGUCACAUGCCAAGACGAGGUCGUCACCAGCAUUGAAACACCAGUGCCAGAAAAGCAAAACAUUAUGGCGACGCUGGCGCCCGUAGAACCUCCUGUUGCGCCAAAGACCGAAUCUGCCACGCCCGUCUCUGUCGAGUCGACCGGCAUCCGGAGCCCAUACUUUGACUCUCCCGCACGUGCCGUCUCGCCCUCGUCAUCACUCAUGUCCUCUGAGUUUGAUGAGUCAGAAUUCAGUGACGGGUACGCGCCAUAUGUUCCUUGCCCGUAUGUCAAGCUCGGCCCGGGUGCGACAGCCAUUAUCCGCGACGAGUGGUACCGCGCCCGCGAGCCGCUUCGCGAGUGCCAGUGCAGGAUCUGCCACCGCGCGCGCAAAGACGAGAACGACCGCAUACUGUUCAGCAACUUUGGAAGUCUGGAGAACCAGAUCUUGCGUAUUGCCUGA